AGGAGGGACUUCCUGGAGACGAACCUUUCCAGUCCAUGGAACUUCUUCACAGUCCUGUGACACGUAGCCUAUUAGAAAUUUUGAACAGUGGAAUUGUGUGCUUCUUUUCCCUGGCCCCAAACUAACCAAGAGAUUGCGAAGGGAUGGACAUUGUUUUUACCAUCGUCUCUUAUUCUGCAAUAUGAAGAGAAGAACGUAAGACAAAGUUGACGCAAUACUAAGCCAGUGAUAGACUUGCGCCAUUUUUGCACAAACUUGCGCAAACUAUGCAUUCACUAUAGUUUUAAAAAAAGAAAACAGAUGAACAGAAAGACAACGCUCUCCUUAGCGUGUCUGACUUCGACGACCCAAACGAGACAGAAGACAGUCCAGUGAGAAUGGGGAAAGGAGUAUGUUCCAGGAGACAGAGGAAAAUAUUUCAGUCUUUUUUACUUAUUACUGUCAUCUGUGGAAGUAUGUAUGCAUUCAUGAUAUCAUACGAGAUGCACAAGCAGCUAAAAAAGACGGAGGCGAUGGCUCAGAAGUAUCAGCAACACCAGGAAUCACUGUCCGCUCAGCUUCAAGUGGUCUAUGAGCACAGGUCCAGACUGGAGAAAUCACUGCAGAAGGAGAGAAUGGAACACAAGAAGGCCAAAGAUGAUCACCUUGUAUAUAAACUUGAGUCCGAACACUUACUGAACAAGGAAAAGCAGGAGUCAACCAAUCGCUUCAAUGCAUUGCAGGCACAACAUCAGAUGCUAAAGAGCCAACAUGAAGACUUGAAGAAACAGUAUUAUGAGAUGCAGGAGCAACACCAGAACCAAGGGGAAAACCACGAGCGAGUCUUGGACGAACACCGAGAGCAGAUUGACCAUCUCCAAAGGACCAAAGAGGUGGAGAUCUCCAGACUCAAAGAGAAUGUCUAUAACCUAAAGGAGGAGAACCGUCAGCUGAGGAAAGCACAUCAAGACAUCCGCACUCAGCUGCUGGACGUGCGGCAACAACACAAGGACUUAAGGACUUCAAAUGAUCAACUUCAACUAACUGUAGAAGAUCACAGGAGUGCUCUUGCUGUCGCAGAGCUCCACGUGCAGGAGCUGCAUCGUCUCAAAGGGCAGACUCUCAGCGCUACCCAGGCCGUGCCUCACAGCCCCAGAGAAGGUCCUCCUCACGUGCAGAGCCUUGGCCUGGGAGCCCCAGAGACCAAACCCAGCCCUCACACACAGCCAGGGCACACCACCACACAGGCACACACUCCGAUGGCCAGUUACAAGGAGAAGGUGGAGCCUGAAGUCUCCCAUCACGUAAUACCAGAUGUGGUAAGAGUUGAGAGUGACAACAAACAGACAGUGGAACCAAAACAGGUGCAGAUGGUUCCUGAAGAGGCAAAGGAACAUAAGGUUUUGGAAAACCGAGAGAAGACGAGCUUUCAGCACUGGCGUAGCCGGUUAGAACACACUGUGUUGGAUGGAGAUCCUGGCAGGAAGCGGCUGCACUCUCAUGAGGAAAACCAGAGGAAGGAGGGGCUCAGCAGACUGAAGAGGCAGCCAGAGAUACUAAACCCAGACAUUGUCCUUGUAGACUUGCAUCCACAUCACAAGGACAGAGAUGAGGUUGGGGACAUUCAUAUGCCUGCCAACGACCUGAAAGAUGAGGUGCUGAAUCCUGCAGAAGACCCCAACAACCAGGGAGAGGAUGAGUUUGAGGAGGCAGAGCAGAAGCAGCUGGACGAGCCAGUCCCGCCAGAGCAGGCAGCUCGUCGGCCAACCGGCAGCCAGGAGCGGGUGGCCCAGGAGGAGCAGCUGGUGAUGGCAGGAAGUCCAGACCAGCAGGAAGACAAUCUGGAUGACCAAUACGAAGAGGCCGAGGAAGAUCAGGCUGGGGAUGAUAUGGUGGAGGAUAAACAGGAGAGAGAGGAGGAUGUGCCAAAUGAAGAAGACCCAUACAGUGAGGAAAAUACUGAGCAGGGGCCAUGGAUUGAAGACACCCAAGAUACACAUGAAGAUAGAGAUCAUAAUAAAGAAGAAGAAGAAGAAGACUACAAAGGGGAGGUGGACAUCGUUGAAGAGAAUGAAGGCCCCAAGGAAAUACACACAAAUAGAAGAGCAGAGAUGUAAAAAACAUAAUAAACAUGAUAUUUUUCAAAAAAGAAUAUCCAUUGUCUUUGAA